AAGUGAACCUAAUUCAUAAAUUUUGUUAUUUAUAAUCUUAUACAGUUUUACUUAUGUUAUCCUUUCAGAUUUUCCCUAUGUUUGAGAAAGAUAUCAGACCAAAAUUGGAAUCCAUUGGGUAUCAAAAUAUAGAUUUAAUAAAAGAUGCAUUUAAUGACUCUCAGACAAAUGUGUUGUGUAACGUGCCAAAGUUUCAAAACUCCGUUAUUCAAGAAUUAACCUGUCAGUGUAGUGUUCACCUGAAGCAAGUGGCAGAUAUUCCUCGUUUGUUUCGGCGGACAAACAGAGAGGUCCCGACCAAAACAUCUUCAUACACCACUGGUUUGUUUAAGCCACUCAACAUGUUUUUUAGUGAACAUAAAGCUAUACUAAGUGAAAGCAGGAAGCAAGCCAUAGCUAAGCAAGUCUUGGAGAAUCUUGCUCAACAGUAUUACACAUCAACAUCAGAUGUGUUGACGUCAGUGAAGAAAAUGGAAGACAGCCUGAAGCGAUUAAAGAAAGCUCGUGGGACAGGUGUGAGCACUGGUCUCCCAGGUAUGACAGAUGAUGACAAGAUUCGUCAGCAGUUGAUCAUCGACAUUGAACACUAUGCACAACAGGUGGAAUCGUUUGGUUUUGAUAGUAAAACACUGCAUGGAUUCACUCAACUGUCAGCACUUUGUGAAGAGGCGAGAAUAGCCAUGACAAACCCAAAUCCAUCAUCAUCUUCGUCAGCACUAACCCCUAAGCCAGCUUCUUGAAAUUUCACUCCUUUUUGUCUUGCUCUACCCCCUCUUCCAGUCAAGUCUCCACAAUAAAGUUGUCUGGGAAGAAUACUACCAUUCUGAAGGAAAUAUAUAAAAGUACGUUGUAGAUUGAUUAUACCCAGGGUAUGACUGGUAUCAAUCUGAGGGGUGUUUUAUUAAUAAGGAAUAAAUCAAAUAAGUUAAGGAAAGAAGGAAAUUCUCA